AUGAAGGCUGCAUCCUGUGUGCUGAAAAGUAGUCAACUACGCACCCGCAUCGAGAAGCAAUCUCCGAGCUCACCUCUCACUAUUUCUCAAAGGAUCAUCUUCGGCGGCCCGAGCGAAAUCUAUGAAGACGGCUAUGACUACCAUCCGUCUCUUGUACAGAUCGGUUCCGGCGAACAUGCAGCACACAACGAAGACUACAAUGCCUAUGCCGGCCUUGGUGGUGGUGUUGCCUUUGCCCAAGAAAUGCCAGAGGAAGCUCAGAGAGUCCUGACGUAUAAUGCACUCGAAGAUAUGCGCGAGGCAUGGGAGCGUGAUGGUGUUGGUGCGAGACGACAGGCUGGUGCCAUGGGCUCGUUGUGGGUGGAAGAUGAAGAUGAAGGAGAGUAUGACGAUGAAUUUGAUAAAGUUGAUGAAGCGGAUGUUCGACGCGGUCAUCAAAUUUUCUUGGGGAGCAGUCUCAGACAGCGAAAUCGUGGAGUCACUGAUGUCGCGCUCGAGGAGUCUUUGUGGGAUGACCUUGCUGAAGAGAAUGAGUUACCAGACCAUAGAAGGGGCUAUCAAUGCGCUGAACCGGCUUUGUUCUCAGAACAUCGCUAUGCUAAUUCUUGGGAUAAUGACAACGAAGAUGAGGAGGAUGGUGGGCGUGUUUUUGUGAUGGACCGUGACGGAGAGCAUCUGGCCCCAUGCGGUGACGAUGAGGAAUAUGGAUGUCGUGAUAUUUACGAGGGAGCCGCAGCAUAUGAUCUCGAGGAUGACGAGUAG